UAAGGGUGAAAUAGUAAAUUGAUAGUUUGUCAUGAAGCCCAUUCUUCAAGGGAAGGGCCUGUUAAGUGUACUCUCUGAAUGGCCCAUUAAGUUUGUUAAUGACAUAUAUGGGCCGGUUCACUUCACUGGUUUAACUGAAUGGAGGGGACAGAGCUGGCUAAUCGAGAUAUCCAGUGUGGGGGGGGGGGGGGGGGGGGUUGUAUUAUUAGUAGUCGGCUAAAGUUGUUAACCCUUGUGAAAAAUCGAUAUUAAAUGUUACACAAUCGUUCCAUUAUCUAAGCCUUAGAUAUAAUUUUCAAUAUAUUAAAAAAAUAUAUAAUGUCUAAUUUAUUCAUUAAUGUUUGUUUUCACUAUUUAAUAUUACUACUAUUCUUUCUGUUCCUAAAAGAUCUAUAUUCUAAAGAAAAAUUUUGUUUCAAAAAUGUAUAUAUUUAUAUUUUCAAUGUAAUUUUUGUCAACUAAUAAUGAGACAUUGUGAAGUUCAAGAACAUUAAUUGCAUUUUUAAAAAUUUUAUUGCUUUAAAAAUGUAGGAAAUAUAAAAUUACAAAAAUAAAUGUAUUUAUAGCUAAGUUUUAUUAAUAUGUUUUAUUAAAAAAUGUGAAAAUUCUAAAACAUAGUAGAUUUUUUAGGAACGGGUGGAGAAUUUAUUAGCUGUGCUUUAUGAUCCUGUCUCCAAAUAUUGGAAUUUGAUGCCUUCUAAAUUCACAACUUGAAAUUAAUAUCCAUGGGUCUAACUGUUUAAGUCUAGGAAAUCGGCUGUAAACUUUAGUGUGGAACAAUGUAGAUGAAUGUUUAUUUUUAGAUAGAAAAAGUGGGAAAAUGUGUGGUCCGCUCACUCUUCCAGGCCAGUUUUGCUUGAGAAUUAAAAAAGAAAAUGCAGCAAGCUUUGGUCCCCUUCUUUGAGAUCAGUACAUUAUUAUAUAAAGAUAUGUAUAUAUGUUAUUAAUUACUUUAAACAUCCACUGUACAUUUAGUAAAAACAAUCAUCCACCCUACAUAUACAGCAGAACAUUGAAACUUUAAAAUUUAUUAAUUUAUAGAUAUAUUAAUUUACAAAAAAAUUUGUAUUUAGAUUUUUUAAUUUAAGAUAUAUUUAUUUUAAAAUAAAAUAAAUAUUUUAUUUUAAUGUAUAAACAUUAAUUAUUUUCUUUUAAAAUUUGAUAUUUAUAUUAAUUUUAUUAUAUUAUUUAGUGUAUAUAAUAUAUAUUGCAUAGAACUUAACUUAUUCUAUUAAGUAUAUUUAUGUUCCAGCACAUCUACUACACCCAAAAAAUUAUUGUAUAUGUUAUAAUUUUGUACAAGUCUAUAACUAUACCCAAAACUCACACUUGUGAACGUCUCUCUUUUUUUAACAUCCAGUUAUGAACGUCAUCAAGCCGAGCAUCUCUAAUUGAACAUUAGUUUUCCAUUUAUAAUUUAUAUUAAAAUAAAAUAAAUCUAUUAUAGAAUAAUACUAUUUAAAGUAAACGUUACUAUAUAAUAGAAUUACUCUAUGUUAAAAUAUGAUACUAUACAAAAUAUAGGUUAAUAAUGACUUUACCUCGAUUCCUGUCAAAGUACCUAUAACAUAUUUGUAUAAUGUAAGAUACACACUAUUGGUUUCAACUUGAACGAGGUCAAUUAGCUAGUGGAUCCGCUAUUAGUACGAAGUAUUAUACUACUGCAAAAGGGAACAAUUUUGUGGACAGACUUAUAAAGAGAGUGUGCUAUUUUACUAGGGAAGUGAGAAAAUGUCACAAAUAUGUAUAAUAAGAAUAGAAAAUAGCAACUUACUCGAAGCUCAGUGAAGCUUCUUGCACCACUUUCCAAAAAUAACAAAUGAAGAUUGUCGUUUAUGGACAAUUAAAUAAAGAUAUUUGUAGGUUAUAGACACCCUCCACGAUAUUCAUCGCAGAUUUCUUCAUGUCUUUUUCUCCUCGUUGAGAGACAAUUUGCUCAUAUAGUUGCUGUCAUUGAUGAAUGGUUUCUAGGAAAAAGAAUUUGCUCAUAUAACAACAUUUGCGAGUACUUAGUAAAAAAAAAACAAAACAUUUGCGAGUAUUACACCUAUAUUUUUUUUUUAACUGAAAGAUGUAAACAGCGCCCAUUAUUAUUUGUUUUCGCAUAUUUAUAUAGGUUAACUGCAAGAGCACAAAAUUAUCCAAAAUGAAACAUGUGAAAUUUAUAGCGUUUUGUAGCUCAAUAAUCUCCGGGGAAUAAAAGGAACAUAAGAUAAGGAGAGAAGAAUUGAAGAUGAAUGCAUGGACUGGUGUGUGGGAAAGGCAAAGCACAUGCUCAACCAAGUUACUCUUUACUUUAUGUGUGAAAAUAUCCAGACGCCAUCUCAGCCGUUGGACCUCUUUCUUCCUUCAUCUUGCUUCCGUCAUCCUCUUUGGUCCCACGCCAUAUUAUUAUUAUUACAGUUUUUAAGUUACUAAUUCUUUGUUGACCAAAAAAAAUGUUUCUAAUUCUUUCUUAGUUCUUUGUGGAUUUGCGACUACUCUCCUCUCAUUUUUAACCCAUUGAUCAUAACUUAUAAAAUGCUCAACAGGUAUAUAUUUAAAUCUACUAUAUACGGUAUUUUUUUAUAUCAACUACAUUAGUCUCCCAAAAGAAAAAGUUCUCCAACCUUUCAAUAAGAAUUUAGAUUGGGUUCGUUAUCUUCCAAAACUAUGUCAUGCAGAAUAUAUUUUAUUUAAUCAAAUUGAUAAAUGCAAUAAUUUUAUUUAAUUUAUUAUAUUAGCCUUUGCAGGGGUUAGGUAGAUGGAUGGAGUAAAUAUAUGUAAAAACAUAAAAUAAAAAUUAUGAAUACUAGUUAUUUAAAAUGUUGUUUUUUCUUCUCGACUGAGCUGAAGAUCGAAAAUGCUCGUCCUAAUACAGUAGUUUUUAUAAUAUUUUUGGCAGCUAUACUGCCAGACUUUUACUCCUAUGUACCUCUUAGACCUCCCAAUCGUUUCUCAUUUUUUAUUUGCCUUAAAUAGAUUCGAUAAACAAAUAUAGUACACGUACGCAACGUUUAACAAAAAUUUGUAUCGAACUUGUUAUAUACUAGUGCAUAACUGCAUAUACUAGUGCAAUUGUUCUUAAGAAAAACUAGUGCAUUGCUAAUGCCAAUGCCAACUUCAAUUGUUCGCCAACGCCGAAAAUAAAUAGAAAUUACGUGAAAUCUAACACAGAUUGCGAAUGCUAACGUUAGUGCAUUGAACAACACUACCAAAACAUAUGUAUAUAUCACAAUUGACUGUGAAUUUACGUCUAGCUUUUACUAAUAAAAUGCGUAUAAGAGUAUGAUGUCUAUGAAUUGCGUCAAAUAUCAAGGACCAUAUCUUUGUUCUCUUAUUUUGGGAACAUUUUGAGAAACACGCAAAGAACAUAAUGGUUUCCCCAAGAUGUUAUAGAUAAAGUGACAUUAUGACAUUUUCAUUUUUUUUUCUUCCAGUAAUUGCAUUUUGUUUUCAAAUAUUCGCUAUUCAGAUACUUCUCUACCUCUAUAUGGGAUGAUUCUUUGGGGUUUCGUGUAGCUUAACCUUUUCUUUUUAUAAAAACAACCUUUUAGUUCUUCUUUCUUGUAUAUAUCACCCUCUUCCUAAUCACCUACCUGGUCCUCACCUGAGGAUUUCUUUUCAUAUCCCUGAAAGUUAUGGCAGAUUAAUAUAUAUUGUAAAUAAAAUGUUCAACCUUUCCUAUAAAAAGAUCUAAAUAAAAUUGAAGUGAUCAUCAUGGAAUCCAAUGUGUUCAGGAAAAAUACCACUAUCAACUAUCAUGAUAUAAAUCUAUAAUGAUAGAUAGAGAGAGACAAAUAGAAUAAAUAAAAAUACUGUAAGUAGUAGAAAAAAAGUAAUAAUGAUGGAAAAAGAUAAAACAUCACGCAAAACCUUAAAAGAAAGUCGUCUGGUUGUCGUGUGCUGCUCUCUCCUCAAAUAGUUUUGCCAAAGUUUUCACGUCAAUUUUUUUUUACCCCCACUCUCCUUCGUAUCAUACUAUAUUAGUACAACGAGUACCCACCUCUUUUUCACCUAACCUUCUCUACGCUCUCCCCCAUUGAUAAAAAUGUCAGUCAACCAUUACUCCACGGACCACCACCAGGUCCACCACCACCACACUCUCUUCUUGCAGAACCUCCACACCACCGACACAUCGGAGCCAACCACAACCGCCGCCACAUCACUCCGCGAAGACCAGAAAGAGUAUCUCUUCGAGAAAUCUCUCACACCAAGCGACGUUGGCAAACUCAACCGUCUCGUUAUACCAAAACAGCACGCGGAGAAGUACUUCCCUCUCAACACCAUCAUCUCCAAUAAUGCUGAGGAGAAAGGGAUGCUUCUAAGCUUCGAAGACGAGUCAGGCAAGUGCUGGAGGUUCAGAUACUCUUACUGGAACAGCAGUCAAAGCUACGUGUUGACUAAAGGAUGGAGCAGAUACGUCAAAGACAAACAGCUCGACCCAGCCGAUGUUGUUUUCUUCCAACGUCAACGUUCUGAUUCCCGGAGACUCUUUAUUGGCUGGCGUAGACGCGGUCAAGGCUCCUCCUCCGCCGCGAAUACGACGUCGUAUUCUAGUUCCAUGACUGCUCCACCGUAUAGUAAUUACUCUAAUCGUCCUGCUCACUCAGAGUAUUCCCACUAUGGCGCCGCCGUAGCAACAGCGACGGAGACGCACUUCAUACCAUCGUCUUCCGCCGUCGGGAGCUCGAGGACGGUGAGGCUUUUUGGUGUGAAUUUGGAGUGUCAAAUGGAUGAAGACGAAGGAGAUGAUUCGGUUGCCACGGCAGCCGCCGCUGAGUGUCCUCGUCAGGACAGCUACUACGACCAAAACAUGUACAAUUAUUACACUCCUCACUCCUCAGCCUCAUAACAUGAAUAUAGGUUUCACGGGAGAUACGAUGAAGCAGGUUGGAGAUAGACGAGGAUGAGAGGUCCAAAGACGUGACAAGAAAUGACCAAGACUUUCGGCAUUCUCUAUAGCCACAGAUGCCAAUUUUCUGGAAAAUUUGUAUGCAUUUUUAAUAAAAAUAUCUCAUUGGCUUCCGUACUGUAUGUAAAUAAUUAGGAAAAAUAAAUUAGAAAGGAGAAAACAGAUCGCUGAAUUUUAGGAAAACUCUUUUCUUUGUCCUUGUACUUCCAAAGUCAGAAGGAAAAAGAAAUGAAUACAUCUCACGAUGAUUGAUGACGAUGAUCAGAUGAUGUAUUCACACACAUGCAUCAUGGUGUAUACUUGUACUUGUCUGAUGA